UUAAAAUGUACUCUCAAAGCUAUCUUUUCUUGCCUCUCAACCAUCAAUGUUCACCACUGAUCAUCUUCAGUCUAGUCGGAAGGGAAGCCCAAAAGUUUCGGGACAAAUGACAAAUGACCCUCGAUGAGGUUUUGGGGAAAAGCGCUGCAUCUGCUCUGGUGUGCUACUGGUCAUGCCAUUGGCUAUUAUGCCGACACUCCGGGUCAGCGAUGUCACCUUUCCAAUGGUCAGACGACCUCGCUGCGAGGCUUUGAGGUGGGGGCGAGCAUUUCUCUUUGCCGUGACCCACAUUCGAGGCAUAUAAAUAGUAGCCCCGGGGCAGAGUUCCAUUAUCAGUUUACGAGUUUAGCUCCCCAAUCCCACUUCGUUCAUCGUUAAGUGUCCAGUUCCCAACCAAGUUUAGCCGACAACAAGAUGAAGGUUUUCGUCUGCCUGAUUGCCUGUUUUAGCCUGGCCCACUCCGGCUUCAUUGGAGGCGGUGGCGGCGGUGGCUGGUCUUCCGGCGGAGGCGGCGGCGGUGGCUGGUCCUCUGGCGGCUCUGGCGGUGCCCCCACCAUCGUCAAGGUCAUCAGCGAGGAGGCUGGUCAUGGUCAUGGCCAUGGUGGACAUGGAUAUGGUCCCGCACCCGAAGAACUCAAGAUCAUCAAGGUGAUCAGCGAGGGCGGUCACUCUGGAGGCUAUGCCUCCCAUGGCCACCAUGAUCAUGGUCAUAGCCAUGGUCAUGGCGCCGAGGUAAAAAUCAUCAAGGUUAUCCAGGAGGAGGAUCAUGGACAUGGUCAUGGACACAGUCAUGGUCAUGGUCAUGGAUAUGACUACUCCAGCGGUGGCCACCAAGCCGAGGAAGUGAAAAUCAUCAAGCUGAUUAGCUCGGGCAUCACCGAUGGCGGCUACUCUGGCGGUGGCUGGUCUUCCGGUGGCUCUGGAGGUGGUUGGUCCGCCGGUGGAUCCAGCGGUGGCUGGUCCUCUGGUGGAUCCGGCUGGAACUAGGGACCCAAAGAAAUCCCAGCAAUCCAGAGCGUUGACGUCAGCUCCCUUUGUUCCUUGUUGUUAGAGUUGUCCAGCGUUAUUGGCCAUUUGCGAUGUUAUGAAGUUACUAUAUCGUUAAGAUACUGCACGU